CAAAAACAACCGAACAAAUCCGGCUUUCCCCGCCACUCUAAAACUACUCUGCAUGCACUCUUCACCUCCCUUAUGUCGCCAUUUUUUCCCCAUCUUCUUCUUCCUUACCAAAUUUCCCCACGUCUCCUAACAAUAAAACUAAUCACUUUUAACCAAACCCAAUCAACAUUUGAUUCCCCUGUUUAUAUAUAUAUAUAUAUAUACAAUCCACAAGGCCGUUUAACUGUACCUUUCUCACUGACCCCUGCUGCUACAUUUUUUCCCAAAACACACUCAAAAAGAUGAACUAUAGGCGCCAUUUCUUGAUUUUUCUGUUUUUAAUUGUUGUUACACUGCUUCCUGGUUGUGUGUUUUCACAGAGUGAUGGGUCGGAAUCAUCAUCGGGAACCGAUGAUGUUAUUGAUAGGAAAGAGGCACUCAAGUAUAAACUAAUCGCGAUAGGUUCGAUUCUGAUUGCCGGAGCAAUUGGGGUGUCGAUUCCGAUUCUGGGCAAGUUUUUCCCUCUGUUUUCGCCGGAGAACGAUAUCUUUUUCUUGAUCAAGGCGUUUGCCGCCGGGGUAAUCUUGUCCACCGGGAUGGUACACAUAUUGCCGGACGCGACAGAGAAUCUGACCAAUCCGGCACUGAGUGAGAGUCCGUGGGGGUUCCCGUUUUCGGGUCUGGUUGCUAUGCUUUCCGCGAUUGGGACCCUCAUGGUGGACUCUUUCGCCAGCUCUUAUUACCAGCGAUCCCAUUUCGGCAAGACCAACGCCGCCCAAGAAAUUAUUGCCAGCGGCGCCAGCGGAGAUGGGGAGGCGGGACUGAAUUUUGAUCGCCGGGAAGAACAACAGCAGCGCCAACAUCAUCAUCACAAAGAGCACGUGCAUCUGCACACGCACGCGACACAUGGACAUGCUCAUGGGUCGGCUUCAUUAUCACCGAAUCAUCAGCCGUUGUUUAGUUCGUCGGAAUUGAUUCGGCAUCGAGUUGUUUCUCAGGUUCUGGAGUUGGGAAUUUUAGUGCAUUCGGUGAUCAUUGGUGUAUCGCUUGGUGCUUCAGAUAGUCCCAGAACAACCAAGCCUCUUGUAGCUGCAUUGACCUUCCAUCAACUUUUUGAAGGCAUGGGCUUAGGAGGCUGUAUAUCCCAGGCAAGAUUCAAGAUCAAAACAAUCACAAUAAUGGCGGUGUUCUUCUCUCUUACAACUCCGAUCGGAGUUGCGAUCGGGAUCGGAAUUUCUCAUAGUUAUGACGAGAAUAGUAACACUGCCCUAAUUGUGGAAGGCCUUUUAAACUCUGCUUCAGCUGGGAUUUUAAUCUACAUGGCACUUGUGGAUCUCCUUGCAGCGGAUUAUAUGAAUCCCAGAAUGCAAAAUAAUUUGAGGCUUCAAUUUGGUGCUAAUUUGUCACUCCUUUUGGGAGCUGGUUGUAUGUCACUUUUGGCCAAAUGGGCAUAAACUUUAAUCUAUUUUGAGACACUUUUUUUUCUUUUUCGGAUUUGGUAGAUAGGUGAUUUUGAGAAAUCUAGCUAUAGUUCGACUAUUAACAUUUUGAGAAUGUAUAGCGGUUUUGUUGUUUUUGAUGGAAAACAAUGAUAUGAAUUUUGAGGAAGAAAAGUUGUAAAUAUUGAUCCAUGCAAAAUAUAUAUUUUUUUUUAAACUAAUACUCAU